CCCCUUUGCAUUGUAUGCGCAAAAUGGAAAACUUAACAGCCGAACCCAGGACUACUCAUACUGAAGCCACUGAUCAAUUUCCCGAGGAACCAGGAGUAACGGAUAUUGCCUUUGUUGUAGAGGGAAAAAAGCUGUACACCGUUAAAUCGGUUCUGGCUUUAGCGUCUCCGGUUUUCAAGUCCCUGUUUUUCUCGGAUUUUAAAGAAAAAAAUGCAACUGAAAUUGAAUUACCUGGGAAAAAGUACGAACCAUUCAAGAACUUCCUAAUGUGUUUAUCCCCAAAUGAAUACUUGGAUUUAAAAGAUGAUGUGAUCGAAGAUAUACUUCCAUUGGCAAAUGAAUACCAAGUCAUUUCUAUGAUCAAAACCUGUGAAGCAUGGCUGCUUAAAGAGAUUGACCUCAAAAAAGCAAAAAAAAGGACUAUGAUCUGUGAUUUGGAAUUUCUACUCAAAUUCUAUUAUUACAGUGGUGAAUACGACCUGCCAAAUCUUCGUAAAAGAACUCUUGCAUGUUUAGUGCCAUUUACCCUGUCUUCCUGCAAACAAAUAGAAAAGUAUUAUGGACGACUGACUGACAAAGACAAAUUAGAGCUAUUUGAGGCCAGAAUCGAAAAACUCGACUCUUUACACUCCGGUUCAACCACCUGCCAUUCCAAACACUCGCAUUUUUUGCAACACGCCUCUACUACCGGUGUCAAGACAAUUAAUGGCCCCCCUGGAAUAAUGUCUGGGGGUCUUUAUUUGUCGUCGACAACACCUCGGCACUAAAUGUAUCUCCAAUAUUCUGUAAACACUUGCAUGGAUGAGUACUUGGUAUAAAUUAGUAAAUAAACGAAAUGCAGAAUGUAAUAAACGUGUCACAUACAUAUGUAACAUAUUGGGUUGUGUGGGAGGGAAAUUUAGUCAUCUCCAUUAGCCUCAACUCAAUAUACCACGUAUACUAAAUUAUGGUAUAUCCAUUCUCCUAUUAUGUCAUAAGUUUUUGCAAAAACUGAUACUAAUUUUAAUUCAUACCCAAUAGAGCGAUUUCUUUUGGAAGAAUGCUUUUCAACAGGUGAAAUGAUAAAUAUUGUUCAGUACAUGUAAUAGAAUUUAGUGACGUGAUAGUUAUGCAAACAGAUAAAAUUUCUCAUAUUCCAUAAAUAAUUUCCUUGUUAAGAUUUUUAAAAUGUCCAAUCCGAACUGGAUUUCAUUUCAAAUCGGCUUUUCUCAACAGAAUCAGUGAAUUUUGGGUUUGAACGUUUGAACACAGCAUUAAAAUUGAUUUUAUUCAGGGUUAAUUUUUAACACAUACGAACUUACUUGAAAUGCGUUGUAUUACGUAUUGCUUUAAAAACACUCAAAAUAUGUUUUAUUAAUUGUUAAA